CGUCUCCCUCGGCUGGGAGCUGGCCUCGCUCCUCCGCGCCUAUCUUCAAGAGGAAGGCGUGAAAACGCUCUUCACAGUGGGUCUUCGGUCUUCAUCUUCGCCAUUCGACCAGGCACUUUCUACAAUGGCAGCUCUCCGCUCCAGCAGUUUAUUUACAUCGAGUAGCACGUGCAGUUCCCUCACGGCGUGCUGCAUCGAUUCGGCGACCGCGAUAUGUCGCUGCUAUGGAGAGCAGAAAGCCUCGCUGAGCGAUCUGGUCAGCCAGUUUUCAUUAGGAGAAAGUCGAUCCAUUUUGCACUGCUCGUAUGCUACGGAAAUGCGAGAGGAGAAAGCGGUGGAUGAGCGAGUGGGGAGAACAAGGAAUUUGGAGCCGUCAUUCGUUUGGAGGGAUUUGGAAAGCGCGAAAACCGCGGUUAUCCCAACAAACGAAAAGGAAGAGGAGUUGAAGAGCCGCAGCAUUAGUAUUGUGUCACGAGAGCGCGAUGCAAAGGUCAAUGAAGAAGUGUUGCGCUGCAACUCCACUUUCUAUUCAAACGCGUUCUAUAAAAACGCAGUCAUAGCGGAUCCCUUGUUUUUACCGAGAAAAUCGGUGAUGGACUUGCGAGUGCACGAGCCCUCGAUUUACUCCAAGAUCGAGUGGUUUAGCCCCAAGACGAACCAAUUCAGCAAGGUAGAAGCCAAAGAUACGGUAACAAUAUCACACGUGUGUUAG